AUGUUAGGUCGUACGAUGCAUGCAUUGUACGCGAUCAGUUUUAUCAUCUAUUCGAUUACCGAUUUAUGUGAUUGGCUUUUCGUCUAUUUCACUCUUCGAGGUUAUGUCACAUCAUUUCCAUUAAAGACUUGGCUUGCUGUGGCACUUGUUUCCACAACUGUUUUUGGCUCGAUGUUAACAUCACUUUUACUGGUAUUAUGUGUUGAAAAUGCAUUUGCUUAUCGUCUUGAUAUAGCACCAUAUCGAAGUGGCUUUGCUAUUAUUUAUGAAGCCUUUGUACAAUGGGUUCAGGCAUUUAACAAUUUUCGAAUAGCAUUCCUAUUUAUGAUUCUUCAUGAUAUGCCUUUGACAAUUAUAAAUUUUAUCUUUAUCACUUCCUGUCGAUGUGUUGGUCCUCAGAUUCUUCAAUGGCCCCUGAUAAUAUCAUCAUCGGCGACAACUGUAAGUAUUCUGUGGCGCUUGGUGAUGUUAUAUUUUGCAUAUCGCCGAAUGAUAUUCCCUUUGAAACCUUUAUCACGUGCCGAUACAAUUGCAAGACAACCAACAAUCUGCGAACAAUUCAAACUUAAUCUAAGCCAAAAGAAUGGAGGACGUUUGAAAGAUUAUGAUGAACUUUGGCCUGUCCGAUACAGCAUUCGCAGGAUCUAUGGACCAAUGUUAGAAGGUAAUCACGAACAGCAAACUCUACCUGUGAAAUUCGACAAGCAACGACAUCAAAAUGCUCUAUUCAAGCUUCGAUUCUUGUUAACACCUGUUUUGAAGGUUAUUUUAACAUUUUUACUAACGCUCUCUAUAUACAUGUUAUCAAUAGUGACCUGUUGUGCACCAUGCUGUUAUCACUAUAUCUGUAGUUCAAGAAGUUUUUAUCAUCGUCACAAAUGCUCAAGUUCCUUCGUCAGGUUUUUUUCGCAAGGAUUUCAUUGGACAUUGUUUAUAGCAUCGUUACUUUUAACGACAUCAUUAUUCGUUCUAAAUGUUAUCUUAUUAUCAUCUGUGCAUGGGCUUGGCAAUAAUCAGAUAACAUUCGAAAUAAGCCAUGUUUGCGUAGCAGUUUCGUCAUCUCAGAAAACAAUCCAAACAAGCAUUGAAACAAAUCAAAAAGAGUAUUUGAGUACAUCAGAAUUAAGAUAUACAUGCAAACCUAUUUGGGAGGAUGGCGGUUUCAAAACUGGACUAAACAGACAAGAAGCUGGCAUUUGGCAAACACGAAUAACAUUAACCGGAAAACAAAUUCUGGCUAUUUCAACGAAAGUGAGGAUGGAAUAUGAAAAUGAUCGCCAGAAUCCUCAUCAUACACUAUAUUACGACUAUGUAUUGUUGCAGCACAAAGAUGUGUCACCACAAAGUUACACUUGCAUACCUGGAAAUAAGACAGAUUGGAAAUUCUUAAAUGAGAUCAAUGAGUUAGCAUGGCCAUACUAUGCAGCAUGUGAUCGUACAUGGACUAUCAAAUGGGAUACUUUAAUUGAUUGCAAUUUGUACAACAGUAAGAGUUAUUCGAAGAGUAAAAAUUACUAUUUCGAUUAUGUAUUCAUUUAA